CGCGUUAAACCUUACAAAAGUUGCAAUCACUCCCUCACCGUCAUCCUCAUCACUAUCACCCCUGCAACACUAUCAUUCUUUGCGACUGUGUGUGUUGCAGCUUAACUUACUUUCCAUUCAAACACAAACAAAUCAACAAAACUUUGCUUCUGUAUUUGUGGGCAUUCAAAUGUGCAUUUAAAAUCAUUCAGAUCACAUCCAAAUGGGUCACCUUAAUUUACCUGCGUCUAAACGUAACGCUCGCGAAUGGAAACUCCUGGACAUAGUCACAGCUACUUUCUUUGGGUUAGUCCUCUUGUUCUUCCUUUUAGUCUUCACCCCUCUUGGUGAUUCUCUUGCCGCGUCGGGCAGACAAGCCUUGCUUCUUUCCACUUCCGAUCCACGUCAGCGGCACCGACUGGUGGCUUUAAUUGAAGCGGGUCACCAUCACAAACCUAUCGAUUCCUGCCCUGCUGACUCUGUAGACUACAUGCCUUGCGAGGAUCCGAGGCGCAACAGCCAACUCAGUAGAGAAAUGAAUUUCUAUCGGGAAAGGCACUGCCCUUUACCUGAUGAAACCCCGCUUUGUUUGAUUCCUCCGCCUGAUGGCUAUAAAAUUCCUGUUCGCUGGCCUGAGAGCUUGGGCAAGAUAUGGCAUGCCAACAUGCCAUACAAUAAAAUUGCAGACAGGAAAGGUCACCAAGGUUGGAUGAAAGAGAGUGGCCCUUAUUUCAUUUUCCCUGGUGGCGGCACCAUGUUCACCGAUGGUGCUGACAAGUACAUUGAUAAACUAAAACAGCACAUUCCUAUAAAUGGGGGAACUCUGAGGACUGCCCUUGAUAUGGGAUGUGGGGUUGCUAGCUUUGGGGGAUCUAUGUUGGCGGAAGAUAUAUUAACUCUCUCCUUUGCCCCUAGAGAUUCGCACAAAGCACAGAUACAGUUUGCAUUAGAAAGAGGGAUACCAGCAUUUGUUGCCAUGCUCGGCACUCGCAGACUUCCGUUUCCUGCCUUCUCAUUUGAUUUUGUGCAUUGCUCUAGAUGUUUGAUUCCAUUUACUGCCUAUAAUGCAACUUAUUUCAUUGAGGUUGAUCGAUUACUUAGGCCUGCUGGGUACCUAGUCAUCUCUGGCCCCCCAGUACGGUGGCCUAAACAAGAGAAGGAGUGGACAGACCUCCAGGCAGUGGCAAGUGCCUUGUGUUAUGAAUUGAUUGCUGUUGAUGUAAACACUGCCAUCUGGAAGAAACCCAUCGGAGAUUCAUGUCUACCCAACCAGAAUGAGUUUGGACUUGAAUUGUGUGAUGAAUCAGAUGACCCAAGUUAUGCAUGGUAUUUCAAGUUAAAGAAAUGUGUCAGUAGGAUUUCUUCUGUGAAAGGAGAGUAUUCGGUUGGUACAAUCCCACAGUGGCCAGAGCGGCUAACAAGAACUCCUUCAAGGGCCUUGGUAAUGAAAAAUGGGUAUGAUAUAUUUGAGGCUGACACAAGGCGAUGGAGAAGAAGAGUUUCUUACUAUAAGAAAUCUCUGAAAGUGAAGCUGGGAACUCCAGCCAUACGCAAUGUUAUGGACAUGAAUGCAUUUUUUGGAGGUUUUGCAGCAGCAAUUGAUUCUGAUCCUGUCUGGGUGAUGAAUGUUGUUCCUGCUCACAAACCAUCAACCCUCAGUGUAAUUUAUGACAGAGGCCUUAUUGGGGUCUAUCAUGAUUGGUGUGAGCCUUUUUCAACAUAUCCCCGAACUUAUGAUCUAAUUCAUGUGGCUGGUAUUGAAUCACUUAUAAGGAGUCCAGGGUCAAGGAAGAACAGGUGUAGCAUAGUAGAUCUAAUGGUUGAGAUGGAUAGAAUGUUGCGGCCAGAGGGAACAGUGAUUAUUCGAGAUUCUCCUGAAGUCAUUGACAAAGUAAGCCGUGUAGCUCAUGCCGUACAGUGGACAACUGCCAUACAUGAGAAAGAACCAGAAUCAAAUGGGCGAGAGAAAAUUCUCGUUGCAACCAAAAACUUUUGGAAGCCACCUUCAACAUCCCACUGACAGAAGUUUUAGUGUAUCUAAUAAUAGGUAUUAUUCGUUCUUUGUCAUUUUUAUUCUUAAUUGAAGCAAAUAUGUGAUCUCCAUUACAUCAAACGAUGUAGUUUGCUUCACAAUUGUUUUGGUUUAUUAAGAAACAAUAGGGUUAAAUGUGUUGGUUGGUGAAAGUAUAAAAAUGGAAAGACUCUGCAGUUUGAUGUUAGUA